CCCUAGUGCAGAUUUGAAAAAGCCAGUAAAGAAACACCCUGCUGUGAAGAAAUUACAAGAGGAGGAAGUAAAGAUGGAGGGAGGAGAGGAGGGAGGAAUGCUGUCAGAAAGUGACUACGACAGUGCCAAAGAAAGGGAAGAUAAAAAGCACGAGACCAAGGAAUUUAAGAAGAAUUUGGAGUUAAAAGAUGAUUUGUUUGAUGAUGAGGAAUCUGAGGGCGGCAUGAGUUACGAAGACGAUGAAAAUGACUCAGACUGGGGUUCUGAAGAUGACCCUGAAAGGCUCUGGUGCAUCUGUCAAAAACAACACGAUAACAGGUUUAUGAUCUGCUGUGAUCGCUGUGAAGACUGGUUUCAUGGCAGCUGUGUAGGUAUCACCAAGGCCAGAGGCAAGGUGAUGGAAGAGAAUGAGGAGGAAUGGAUCUGCCCAGUUUGUAAAGAUAAGGAAAAGAAAGAAGCAAAGGAAAACAAGAAGUCUGACAGGGAAACCAGUCCUGACAAGAAGAAGAGAGAUGCAGAGGAUAAAAAGAAAAGUACAAAAGAGUCAGAUUCUGAAUCUGAAAAGGCUAAAUCUUCUACAUCUAAGAGUGCUAGCAGGGAGUCAUCGGUCUCCAGGGAUACCUCUGGAGAAGGAAAACCAAAGUUACUAGGGGAGAUAAGAAAGAAAGAGAAAAGACCAGAUCAAGAUGAUGGGAAAAAGAAGAGGAAAAGGUUCAAAGUGUUUAAGAAGAGCCCCGCCAAGGACAAAGACAAGCCCCCAAGACAGCACUGUAUUAGCACAGGGUGUGAGGAGUGGGCUAGAGAGGGUUCUGUCUACUGUAAGCCAGGGUGCAUUGUCAAACACGCCAAGGAGUCUCUGCAGCUGCUGGAGAAGGAGAAGGCCAAGAUGGCUGGGUUUAAGUCGAAGGCAGAGAAGGGUAAACAGGCAGAUAAAGUUGUCGUCUUGGAGAGGCACUCAGGUCGUCUUGUUACAGGACCCACAGCGCCAACUACAGAAAACCUAGAGAAAUGGCUGCAGAGACAUCCCACAUUUGAAGUACUGCGUCCUGGACAACAGGCUGGACACAUGCACUCUGUGAAUAGAUUCUACAGCCAGAAAAAAGAACGUGACAAGGAAAGAGAAAAGCGUGAACAAGAACGAAAGGACAGAGAAAAGGAGAGGAACCAGAAGGAGCGGCAGCGUGAAAGAAAAGAAUCUCACAAAGAUUCCGCACAGCCCAAACAGGAGCCCACGUCCACUACGUCCACCACGGCCACGGUUGACCCCAUGCCAAUAAGAAUGAAUGUCAGAAAAGCCCUCAAGGAUACACUGAGCAAGAGGGCCCAUGACUCAGAUGACAUGGUGAUGACCAAUCACGAGAUCAAGAAGUUGACCCUCACCAUAGAAACGGAGUUGUUUAGAUUGUAUGGGGAUGUCAGUAGUAAAUACAAGGCCAAGUUCAGGAGCCUCCUUUUCAACAUCAAGGACCCAAAGAAUGAGGGAUUUUUCCGGAAGAUUUUAACCAAUCACAUUAAGCCUUACAAACUUGUUAGGAUGUCUCCUGAAGAAAUGGCCAGUAAAGAGUUAGCAACAUGGAGAGAAAGAGAAAAUAAACACAUUCUAGAGAUGAUAGAGUUGUCAGAAAAGGAGGCAGCCAGCAGUGGCAGCCAUGUUGUCAAGAAAACUCACAAAGGGGAGGAGAUCAUCGACGAGGGCGAGGACUUGACUAUACUUGCCGAUGAGGUGAAGCCAGAGAAGCACACCCCCUCCUGGCCUGCCUCUGAUCUCCUGGGAUCUCUGAUCACAGACACCACUGACAAACACAAGACCCAUCUGUUUGACCUGAACUGCAAGAUUUGUACUGGGAAGAUUAAACCCCCCAGUGAAGAGACUCCGCCCCCUGCCAAGAAGCCCAAGAUUGCCAAAAUGGUACGGAUUGAAGGAGUGAAGGAAAAAGAGGAAAAGGUGGAAAAAGAGGACCUCCCUUACUUACCAAGAAGCGAGGUAGCCAUGGCAUCCACUGAUGUUACUACAGAAGUCGUAGAGCCUCCUGUUCCUAAACCAGAGGAGAAGGCACCUGUGUCUGUGGCAAAGGAAGAAGUGAAGUCUCCCCCAGCUGAUUCUAGUUCAAGCUCGAUACAAUCCCCAGACUCAGCGUUACAGGCAGGCCUGGACAAGCCAGCCAGCAGACAGAAAGAGAACUCUGUCUGGAAGGGGUUUGUCUUCCAUCCUGAUCUACCAAAGUUCUUCACUGUUGCGUACAAAGUGUCUGGCCCUACUGACUUUCUCAAUAAUGAUCUCCCAGACACUAUCCAUGUGGUGGGCAGAAUUGUCCCAGAGCAGAUCUUUGACUACCUGGACAAGCUGAGGAACUCCUCAUCACGGGACAUUAUCAUUAUACGCCUAGAGCCACCAAAUGAAGAGGAAAAGAACAGUUACGUCCAGUUUUACUCAUACCUGAACAGUCGCAGCCGCUGCGGUGUGGUAGCCAAUCAUAACCCUCAUAUUAAGGACAUGUAUCUCAUUCCUUUGGCGUCACACAGUCGCGUGCCAUCAGUUUUGCUGCCCUUUGAUGGACCAG